AUGUACAUAGUUGUAAGCAAUCCAACUUUAAGAAAAGUCUCAUUCUAUACCAAUUUGCACAUCAUCACCGUACAUCGAGGCGGGACACAUUUUGAAGGGCCCCACUGGUCGAAGGAGGAAAAUGCACUCUACUGGGUCGACAUAAUGCAACAGAAAGUACACCGAUUGGACUCCGAGACAGGCAACGUCACUACUAGAGAAAUAGGCUACGGUCCGGUGUCUCUAGUUGUCUCGAUAAAGGACAAGCCGGGGUACAUUGCCGUCACCGUCCGAGCAGAAAUUUACAUCAUGCCCUGGGACGAGUUCGUAAAUGAUAGCUCUUUGAGGCUUCUUAGCAUCGUCGACUUGGGCUUGCCAGACAACAGAUGCAAUGAUGGAAAGGUCGACGCAAGGGGUCGACUGUGGUUCGGUACAAUGGGCAAAGAAGUAGGAUCUGUGAUAGUCAAAGACCAGGGUACAUUGUAUGUCAUGGAUGAGCACAACUACCUUGAACCAGCAGUGCGAGUAAGACCAGUUUCAGUAUCCAACGGAAUCGCAUGGACGAGUGACAACAAAUUCAUGUUCUACAUUGACACACCGACUAGGAACAUAGAUGUCUUUGAUUUUAAUUUAGAUGAAGGGACUAUAUGCAACAGAAGAACACUUUUUAGUUUCCAAACAAACAAUGUCACUGGUAUGCCUGAUGGAAUGACUAUAGAUCGAGAUGGAAACUUGUGGGUUGCAUGCUAUGAUGGUGGAAAGGUCAUCAAAAUAGACUCUAGAGCAGGUAAAUUGUUAGAGCAGCACAAAUUGCCCGCAAACAAAGUAACUUCAGUAGCUUGGGGCGGCCAUGAUUUGGAAACUUUGUAUGUUACUACAAGUAAUGUUGGUCUAAACCCUGUCGAGCAUGCUCAGCAACCAGACGCAGGAUCUUUAUUUGCAAUAGAAGGCACAGGCUCUAGAGGACUACCAGAAAAUCAAUUUAUAUUUGCUAAUGCUGAUAAAUAC